GAAGACGCGGGGCUGGCGCUGCUGACAACAUGCGGCAGAAAGAGAGCGCACCUCCAGCAGCAGAGCAGAGAACAUCGACUUGACACUUUUGUUUGGCACAAGCGGAUGUGUGUUGCCACUGGAAGAGCCCCGCGCGUUUCUAGCCGCGCACCCAUUACGCGCGUUUCAUGGAGAUCUCCAAAUGACAAGAACUGUGCGCUGCGGGUCGUUCUCAGCAUCUACAGGGAUCUCUAAAAGACGUGGAACAUGGCGAGAAGGAUGAGAGGAGCUCAUCUUCUCCUCGUCGCAGUCUUUACUUGGUCGGUGGCGCUUUUCAGGGACGCGAAUGGUCAAGAGUCUGGUAACGACGUGACCGGUUUUAGUUUGAGUCCUCCGUAUUUCAACAUCGCUAAGGGCUCACGGAUCUCUGCCACAGCAACCUGCGGCCAGGAUGAGGCUGGGAGACCGAGAUAUGAUUUAUACUGUAAGCUCGUCGGAGGACCGAACAACGAUUUUCCUACUCAAAAUAUACAGGGUCAAUUCUGUGAUUCCUGCAACUCCAUGGAUCCAAACAAAGCUCACCCGGUGACCAACGCCAUCGACGGGACGGAGCGGUGGUGGCAGAGCCCCCCUCUCUCCAGGGGGCUGGGGUACAAUGAGGUGAACAUUACCCUGGAUCUUGGGCAGCUCUUCCAUGUGGCGUACGUCCUCAUCAAAUUUGCUAAUUCCCCUCGUCCUGACCUGUGGGUGCUUGAGCGCUCGGUGGACUACGGGAGAACCUACAGCCCCUGGCAGUAUUUUGCACAUUCCAAACGUGAGUGUUUAGAAAAGUUCAGAAAGCAGCCCAAUGCUCGUGUGGUAAAUGAUGACGACCAGGUGUGCACCACAGAGUACUCACGGACUGUGCCUCUGGAGAACGGAGAGAUUGUGGUGUCUCUGGUCAACGGUCGACCGGGGUCCAGAAACUACACCUACUCACCAGUGCUGCGAGAUUUCACGAAGGCCACCAACAUCCGCCUACACUUCCUCCGCACCAGCACCCUGCUGGGCCACCUCAUCUCCAAGGCCCAGAGAGACCCCUCUGUAACACGCCGGUACUACUAUAGUGUCAAAGACAUCAGCAUCGGCGGACGCUGCGUCUGUCAUGGACACGCACAGGUGUGUGGCGGGGGGCGUAACCCUGAUAACCCUGACAGACUCCAGUGUGACUGCAAACACAACACCUGCGGCGAGUCAUGUGACCGCUGCUGCCCGGGUUUCAACCAGAAACCAUGGCGUGCCGCAACCGACAGUAGCCCGAAUGAUUGUCAGCCCUGCAAGUGCUUCUCCCAUGCAUUUGACUGUUAUUAUGACCCAGAGGUGGAAAAGAGGGGAGCAAGUUUAGACACCUUCGACAGGUACGACGGAGGGGGAGUGUGCAUCAACUGCCAGCACAACACCGAUGGAGUGAAUUGUGAGCGAUGCAUCGAAGGCUUCUACAGACCUUAUGGCGUCCCUCCUGAGUCUCACCAUGGAUGCAUACCCUGCAGGUGCGAUGAAAGGACAACAGCCGGUUGUGAAAUGGGCUCUGGAAGGUGUAUCUGCAGGCCACAGUUGGCUGGAGAAAACUGUGAUCGCUGUGCUGAUGGACACUAUAACUACCCGCAGUGCAUUCGAUAUCCCAUAUACCCAGUGACCACCAAAUCCCCCGCAGGUCCUUUUGUGGAGCCCACAGUCUGUCCUCUGGGGUAUUUCGGCUCACCAUACUGUCAGCAGUGUGAAUGCGACUACAGAGGAACUGUGCCUACAGUCUGCGACUCUUCGGGGCGCUGCCUCUGCCGUGAGGGUGUGGGGGGGGAGCGAUGCGACAGCUGUCAACCUGGUUACCAUGUUUACCCCAACUGCCAGGCCUGCAGGUGCGAUGAAAGGACAUCAGCCGGUUGUGAAGUGGGCUCUGGAAGGUGUAUCUGCAGGCCACAGUUUGAUGGAGAAAACUGUGACCGCUGUGCUGAUGGACACUAUUACUACCCGCAGUGCAGUCAGUGUGAAUGCGACUACAGAGGAACUGUGCCUACGGUCUGUGACUCUUCGGGGCGCUGCCUCUGCCGUGAGGGUGUGGGGGGGGAGCGAUGCGACCGCUGUCAACCUGGAUACCAUGUUUACCCCAACUGCCAGGCCUGCAGGUGCGAUGAAAGGACAUCAGCCGGUUGUGAAGUGGGCUCUGGAAGGUGUAUCUGCAGGCCACAGUUUGAUGGAGAAAACUGUGAUCGCUGUGCUGAUGGACACUAUUACUACCCGCAGUGCAGUCAGUGUGAAUGCGACUACAGAGGAACUGUGCCUACGGUCUGCGACUCUUCGGGGCGCUGCCUCUGCCGUGAGGGUGUGGGGGGGGAGCGAUGCGACCGCUGUCAACCUGGAUACCAUGUUUACCCCAACUGCCAGGCCUGCAGGUGCGAUGAAAGGACAUCAGCCGGUUGUGAAGUGGGCUCUGGAAGGUGUAUCUGCAGGCCACAGUUUGAUGGAGAAAACUGUGACCGCUGUGCUGAUGGACACUAUUACUACCCGCAGUGCAGUCAGUGUGAAUGCGACUACAGAGGAACUGUGCCUACAGUCUGUGACUCUUCGGGGCGCUGCCUCUGCCGUGAGGGUGUGGGGGGGGAGCGAUGCGACCGCUGUCAACCUGGAUACCAUGUUUACCCCAACUGCCAGGCCUGCAGGUGCGAUGAAAGGACAUCAGCCGGUUGUGAAGUGGGCUCUGGAAGGUGUAUCUGCAGGCCACAGUUUGAUGGAGAAAACUGUGACCGCUGUGCUGAUGGACACUAUUACUACCCGCAGUGCAGUCGAUGCGUUUGUGAUGGAGCCGGUGUGGCGGACAGGGUCUGCACUCCGGAGGGUCAGUGUGUUUGCCUGCUUAACUACGAGGGGCAGGAGUGUGACCAGUGUGCACCAGGCUACUACGGCUACCCGGACUGUGCUGCCUGCCAAUGUUCACCCGAAGGAUCCCAUGGCAACAUAUGCAACCCAGUGUCGGGUCAGUGUCUGUGUUUGGCAGGGGUGGUGGGGCAGCAGUGUGACCGCUGUGUGUCUGGACUCAGGUUCCCUCAAUGUGCAGCUCCCAUAAGCCGUUGCAAUGUUGCAGGGACCGAGGUCGCCAAUCCUCAAACGGGCCACUGCCUGUGCCUACCAAACGUAAAGGGAACCUUGUGCGACAUGUGUAAACCUCUGUACUGGAAUCUGGCUACCGAGAACCCUCGUGGCUGCUCAGAGUGUGGGUGUGAUUUGAAAGGGACGCUGAGUGGUGUUGGAGAGUGUGAACAGAAAAGUGGACAGUGUCACUGUAAGCCUUUCGCAUGUGGACACUGGUGUGACACCUGUAAGGACGGAUACUUCAUGCAGCAGAAAAAGAAUUACUUCGGCUGUCAGGGUUGUCAGUGUGAUGUAGGCGGGGCCAUUGCCAUGGCGUGUGAUGAGACAUCAGGGAAGUGUCAAUGUCGGAAGAACAUAGUUGGCCGGAAAUGCACCGAGCCAGCACCGAGCUACUUCUUCCCUUCUUUGCACCAGCUGAAGUUUGAGGUUGAGGAUGGCACUUCUCCAAACGCCAGACCGGUGCGCUUCGGUUAUAGCCCACAAGAGUUCCCAGAUUUCAGCUGGCGAGGUUAUGCUAUAAUGUCCCCCGCACAGAGUGACGUCAGAGUAGCAGUGCAUGUUGACCCAAGGGAAGGGAGGCAGCACUUGUUCCGUGUGGUUCUGCGAUUCCUUAACCCAAGCAACUCCAGUGUGACUGGUAGCGUCAGGGCUACCGAUAACAAAGGCACUGCAGGGUCAGACCAGAGUAAGGAAGUCAUAUUCCCAGAGAGUCGCUCGCCAUCCUUCCUCACCGUCCCAGGAGAGGGCUUUGCCGAGCCCUUUGCUUUGACUCCUGGGAAAUGGAUCAUUCACAUCAAGGCCGAGGGGAUACUGCUGGACUAUUUAGUGCUGCUGCCCAGGGAGUACUAUGAAGCACCUCUGCUGCAGGAGAAGAUCACAGAGCCCUGCACUUACCUGCCCUCCGCAGACAGGAACGCAAACUGUCUAUUGUACAAGCAUGUGGCCAUGGACGGCUUUAGCUCGGCACUGGGUUCACAGGGAAGGCUCUCCAGCCGCAGUGGGCGCAGGAGGAGGCAGGCUCGUGUGCGGCGUCCCACCCCGGAUCACCCGGAGAUGGCUGAUCUCAGUGGCAGACAGUCUCAGCUUCAGCUGAGUUUGCGUGUUCCUCACUCUGGCCCAUACGCUCUGGUGCUGGAGUACGCCAGCGAGGUGGAUGCUGUCCAGAAUGUCAACAUAGUCAUCGGCGGUCAGCUAGAAGGCCAGAUCCCGGCCAGGGUUAAUAUUUACAGUUGUGCCUACAGCUUCCUGUGCCGGAGUGUGGCAGUGGACAGCAGUAAUCAGGUGGCAGCGCUGCAGCUCUCUCAUAGGACAGACCUUCUCCUGCAAAUUUCCACAGCCUCAUUCCUGCUGUACAAAGUGUAUGCAGUGCCUGCGGAGGAGUUCUCCAUUGAUUAUGUUGACCCCAAGGUGCUUUGUGUCUCCACUCUUGGCCGCUUCAGCGAAGACAGUGAGCACUGUGUUCUGAGGCAGUUCGACAAGCCAACGUCGGCCGAGAUUUUGUCAGCUGCCCGUGACGGACUCCUGUCGUCCCCGCCAGUCGUUGCUCCCCAGCCAGAAUACGACGAGGACUCGAGAAGGAGACGACAGACGACGGUUCUCCCCGUCCAGGAAGGUGUCGGGGUACUGCUCAAAUUCCCUCAGACGGAGAUCAGUUUCUCUCCCAAGGUGCCCCUCCCUGGCAGGUAUGUGGUUGUACUCCAUUAUCACCAGCCUGAGCAUACCUCCUUCCCUGUGGAGGUCCGGGUGGACGCAGGGCGUGACUGGAGGGGUUCAAUAAACGCAUCCUUCUGCCCCGCGGUGUCAGGCUGCAGGGAGGUCGUCAUCGCUGAGGGACGCAUCGCCCUCGACAUGGACCAAAAUAUUUGGCGGCCACCCUCCAUUUCUGUCAUCGUGCCACCUAGGAAGACCCUUACUCUGGAUUAUAUCUUACUGGUUCCUGACAACAGUUACAGCCCAGAUCUGCUGAAAGAGAAGCCGCGGGACAAGUCUGCAGAUUUCGUACAGCAAUGUCGAGGAGAUGGGUUUUAUAUCGACCCGAGAACUUCCUGCCAGUUCUGCAGGGACUCAGCCCGCUCGCUCGUCGCAGCCUACAACGAUGGAGCUCUGGCCUGCGACUGCGAGAAGUCCGGCUCGACGGGAGCUGCCUGUGAUCCUGUUGGAGGACAGUGUCCCUGCAGGCAGCACAUCAUUGGUCGACGGUGCACGAAAUGUGCCACCGGCUACUAUGGCUUCCCCUACUGCAAACCGUGUGAGUGUGGUCGCCGGCUGUGCGACGAGGUGACGGGACGCUGUAUCUGCCCUCCUCAGACGGUCAAACCAGCCUGCGACGUGUGUCUGCGUCAGACCUUCAACUACCACCCUCUGCUGGGCUGCGAGGGCUGCGAGUGUUCCCCGAAUGGCAUCAAGGCCAACGCAGGACCGGACUGUGAACGCACCACGGGACAGUGCAGUUGCAAGCCUCGGAUUUCAGGCCGCAAGUGUGACCGCUGUGCUCCAGGUUACUAUCGCUUCCCCGACUGUGUGCCAUGUAACUGUAAUCAAGGCGGCGUCACACCGGACGUGUGCCACCCAGACACAGGGAGGUGUCUCUGCAGGAGGAAUGUAGCCGGUGUCAGGUGCGAUACCUGUCGGGAAGGUUCCUUCUAUUUUGACCCCUCCAACCCUCACGGCUGCAUCAGCUGCUUCUGCUUCGGAGCCACUGACCAGUGUCAGAGCUCCAGCAAACGCAGGGGGAAGUUCGUGGAGAUGCGGGGCUGGCAUUUAGAAAGACCUGACCAGGGGGAGGUUCCCUCUGUGCUGAACACAGCCAGUAACACGGUGGUGGCAGACGUCCAGGAGCUUCCUCCUACUGUGCAGACUCUACACUGGGUGGCACCACAGUCCUACCUGGGAGACAGAGUUACAUCUUACGGUGGUUUCCUCACCUACCAGUCCAAAUCCUUCGGGAUCCCCAGCGAGGGGAUGACUCUGAAGGACAGACGACCUGAUGUCGUGCUGACUGGUCGGGAUAUGACCCUGAUCCACAUGGCUACUCAAGUCCCACUUGCAGACAGGCUGUAUCAGGGCAGAGUCCAUCUGGUGGAGGGAAACUGGCGUCACGCUGUCACCAACAGGCCCGUGUCCAGAGAGGAACUCAUGAUGGUCCUAGCCGGUCUGGCGGGCCUGAGGAUCCAAGCCCUGUACUUCACCCAGAGCCAGCGUCUGAGCCUGGGGGAGGUGGGCUUUGAGGAGGCGACCAGCACAGGGACGGGGAGUCCUGGAAACAACGUGGAGUAUUGUUCCUGUCCGCCCCAGUACACCGGAGACUCCUGCGAGAAAUGUGCUCCUGGUUUCUACAGAAACAACAGUGGGUCUUCCCUGGGCCGCUGUGUGCCCUGCGAGUGCAACGGUCUGGCCGACGAGUGUGAGGACACGACAGGGAAGUGCCUGAAAUGUCAGAAAAACACAGCCGGGGACCGAUGUGAACACUGUGAAGAUGGUCACUACUACGCGGGCGGGACAUGCAGAGUGUGCCCGUGCCCGUUCAGCGUGGCCACAAGCAGUUUCGCUGUAGGCUGCAGAGAGUUUUUUGGAGAUAUCACCUGCAUUUGCAAAUCAGGCUACACUGGAGACAAGUGUGAGAGAUGUGCUCCUGGUUACUACGGUAAUCCACUGGCCCCAGGAGGACGUUGCAAACUCUGCCAAUGCAGAGGCGACGGGGGCAUCUGUGAUCCCCGGACCGGAGUUUGCAAGAACACCCUGGAGCCUGGAGACACCAACACACAUGAGAAAUGCCAAGAGUGUGACAGCUGUGCCCAGACAUUACUACACGACCUGGAGAAGCUGGACGAUGAGCUGGGACGUAUCAAAGCCAAGCUGGACAACGCCAGCGCCAGCGCCUCCUCUAGGGACAAGCUGAAGAACCUGGAGAAGGCCGUGGCCGACACCAAGAUUCUUGUCAAAGAAUUCAACUCUGCCAUCACCGCCCAAAAGUCCCGGAUCAGCCAGCUGGAGGAGGACACGAGCACUCUGGUAGACGACGUCAGCGGCCUUAAAGGAAAGGCAGAUAAAAGGUCCGUUGAUGCCGACAAAGCAGUGGCAGACGUUGAGAAAACCCACAGGAGGGCGAAGGAACUGGACUUAGAGAUUAAAAGCAUGCUCAAGAAAAUCCAAGCUCUGCUCGAUCAGCUGAAAGAGUCGGGCACCAGCGGCGGCACGGUGCCCAAUGAAAGCCUGGGUAAAAUGCUUGCAGAUGCCCAGCGUAUGGUGAAGGAGAUGGAGAACAGGGACUUCACCCCUCAGAGCACGGCUGCCGAGAAAGAGCUGGACGAGGCUGAGAAAUUGCUUGACCACAUCAGGGUGAAUGUAACUAAGCAGUCUGACCAGAACGACGCUGCGGCAAAUAAACUCCGCGGCCAGCUGGAAGGUUACGAAGCGAAGCUGAAGGACCUGGACAAGGCUCUGAAGGAGGCGACGGACUUGGUGAAAAAAGCCAACGCUGAGAAUGGACUCAGCGCUAAGGCCCUGGCGGAGCUGCAGAAACGUAUUGAGAACCUAAAAAUGGAGCGGAAGACGGUUGAGGAGCAAAUGGCCCUGGCAGAGGAUGAGCUCCAGAAAACGGUGGAUUUGGUGAAAACGCUCACCGACAGUAAGACGGAGUACGAACAGCUGGCUGCACAGCUGGACGGUGCCAAGACCGAUCUGACCAAGAGGGUGAACAAUAUUUCCAAAGCAGCCGACCAGGAGGACAUUGUGGAGAGAGCGGAGGAACAUGCCAAGAACCUCCUCAAGAUGGCAAAGGCGCUUCAGGAUUCUGUGAAGAAUGCAAGUGGACGAACUGAGGUGCAGGACGCAAAAAACGCCAUCGACGCCUACAAGAACAUCACAGAUGCCAUUAACGCUGCUGAGGCCGCAGCAAAAGAGGCCAAAAAUGCAGCGGACAAAGCCUUGAAGAACGUGAGGAGCGAGAACCUCAAUAAAAGAGCAGAAGAACUGAAAAAGUCUGGUGAGGCCCGGGUGCAGGAUGCUCGUGAGGCCGAGGAAAACCUUCAGGAAGCGACCAACCACCUCGCUGACCUGAAGAAACGUCUGAGGGACGCUGACAACAAGAAGAAAACUCUCAAGACAGACCUGCUUGAUGCAGCGGACCAAUUAAAUGACAUCAACAGAGAUGACAUCCGUGUUAUGAUUGACGAAGCCAAGGAGAAGGCAGCUUCAGCGAACAAUAAGGCGAGCGACACUAUGGACAAACUGGCCGCCAUCCAAAAGGAAAUUGACAAGAUCAGUGUCACUCCUGUGGACUCCAACCUCGGCAAUAUUUUGGAAAAUGUUGACAAAACGGUGAAGGACUUAUUGAACACCAUCCCAUCUCUGACCAAUAAGAUCUCAGAGGUGGAGAGCCUGACGUCAGACCUCUCAUCCAUUGGCAACAUAUCUUUGAACAUCAAGAUGAUCAAAGAGCUCAUCGAACAGGCGCGAGACGCGGCCAACAAGAUUUCAAUCCCGAUGAAUUUCAACGGCAACGGCCACGUGGAGCUGCGUCCGCCCUCCAAUCUGGAGGACCUGAGAGCCUACACUUCGCUGUCUCUGUCGCUGGCGAGGCCCAAAGGCAGAGGAGACGGACGGCGCCGGCGCAGACAGACGAAAGAAGAAGACAUGUUUGUGUUGUAUCUCGGCAGCAGAGAUUCUUCGAAGAACUACAUAGGUAUGGUUCUGAAGAAGAACGUGCUGCACAGUGUGUACAAGCUCAACGGAGUCGAGUACGAGAUGAAGUCGGGCUAUAUCUCCAAGUCUGAUCCCCAGACGGCCACGUUUGAUAAAGUGGAUCUACACAGGAUUUACCAAGAUGCUCAGAUUGUCCUCACCAAAGACAUCACGUCGUCUACUCCCGAUACGCCGAUACUAAGCAGCAAUCUAGGGGAGGAGAAAAAGAACCUGCUGGACCUCAGCCCCAGUGAUGUUGUUUUCUACAUUGGAGGCUACCCUGCCGACUUCAGUCCGCCAGCUUCUCUGAACCACCCCAUGUACGAAGGCUGCAUCGAGUUCUCCUCCUUCAACGACAAAGUCAUGAGUCUCUACAACUUCCAAAACGCGGAGAAUAUAAACCAGAUGACUCCGUGCAAGAGGUAUGUAAAACCGAAGGAUCACUAUUUCUUUGAAGGCACUGGAUAUGGCAAAAUGUUCAUAGAUAGGACAUCCUCCAACCUCCUCAUCUAUAUGUCUGCCUUCGCGCGGUCAGAAAACGGUCUCCUCUUAUAUAUCGGAAGCGAGGACAAAUACUUCACAGUAACUGUGGAGAAGGGCUUAAUUUGUAUAAAUAGCAACUUGCUACAAGAACAAGUAAAAAGCACAAAAAGAUUAUUCCCGAGUAGCGAUUAUGUGGAUAUCCUCAUCAUUAUCAACAACAAAGGACAAUUUGUAAUCCGUGCCAACAAUUUAGAAAUGGCUAAGGUCAAAGCUGAGUUCACCAACAGCGAAUUUAAAGAGUACUAUAUCGGCGGUUUGGUGCAAGACCUGAGGGAAAAACACAACAUCACCAUUCAACCAUUCACAGGAUGCAUGUCGAAUCUGAAGCAAAAUAACGACUUUAAACCUAUAGAUGAGCAAGUUGGCAUCGGCAAAGGAUGCCCCAAGGAUUCCCUGAGUUCUCGUAAGGCAGAGUUCAACCUGGAGAGCUCCCUCUCCGCUAACCUCCCAGGCUUUACCCUGGACAACGAUCUCACGGUCUCCCUGGGAUUCAAGAGCACGGAGAAUCAGGGUCUCAUUCUACAAGAUAAAAAGCUGCCUAAUGGGAUUAUACUCUCACUCCUCGAUGGCCACGUUGUUCUCAGUUUCAACGACAAGAGGCUGAAAUCGAACAGACAGUACAACGAUGGCCAGUGGCAUUACCUGACUGUGAAGAGAAGAGCUGGAAGGAUCGAGCUGUAUAUUGACGAUGACGAUGAGGGUCAGACGCUGAGCGGCAGCACUCCCAUUCCUAACACAGAUGGCAUCCUAAUCCUGGGAAAUAAACAGUACAAAGGUUGCAUCUCCAACCUCUACACAAGAAGGCCAGCGAACAUGUACAAGGCCGAGGACUUAAGCCCCUUCGUCUCUUCUGGAGACGUCCUGGUUGAUGUUUGUACCUCUGACAGCCCCGCUCAAAUGAUGCUGGACCGCAUUUCUAAGAAGGAUGGUGUAAUGCAGCCCAUAAAUGACAGUGGAUCAGCGUGUGCACUGCCAGCCCAGGUUCCACACGCUUAUCGCAUGGGAGGCCCUGUGAGCAGCCUGAGCUACAAUCUUCCACUGCCGGUGCAGCUGUCCAGAGCUCACUUCUCUCUGGAUGUCAGGACCGAAUCUUCUGAAGGUCUGCUGUUCUUUGCUGCUACCAAAGGAGGGCGCUCUCAUCUUGCUCUCUACAUGUCCAAGGGCAGGAUCAGACUGUCUGCAGGCACAGAGAAGAAGAUCUUCAACAGGGAGAAUUACGAUGAUGGAAAGUGGCACUCGAUCGUAUUCAGUUUAGAGAAGAAGAAAUUCCGAUUGGUUGUGAAUGGGAUCAGAGCUCAGGAUGGUCAGCUGACAAACACUGAGCUGACGUCCAUGCAGCAGUAUGUGCAUCACUUGUACCUGGGCAGUGUCCCCGAGUCCCUUCACAAACAGCUACAGUUGAAGUUCCUUCCGAAGCAGAGUGUGUCUGGCUGCAUCCGUGGUUUUAGAAUGAACGGAGUGCUCAUGUCCAAGCCAGCCUCAAACCUGGGUGCUGGCCCCUGCUUCAAGGGACCCACACAAAGAGGGGCCUAUUUCUCAGGGAAUGGAGCACACGUUCUAAUCAAUGACUCCAUUGCCGUGGGCUCCAACUUUGAACUGCUGUUUAAUAUUCGUCCACGAAGUCUGACUGGACUCCUGCUACAUGUUGGUGAUUUGACCAGGACACAAAGUGGAGCCGGGAGGAAUCACUAUCUCACUAUCUACCUUCUCAGAGGAGAGGUGGUGGUACAAGUUAACAAUGGAAACGGGAACUUCAUGGUGUCUGUCAAGCCCAAAGCUUCUUUGUGUGAUGGAAUGUUUCAUAAAGUUUCAGUAAUCAAGAGGAAGAAUGUUGUGCAACUACACGUAGACACAGUGGACAAUUACAAGAUUGGACCACCGUUCUCCACUGUCCCGCAGACCAAAGCACCCCUGUAUGUGGGUGGCGUUCCAGAGACGCCAACGCAGCAGACGCUCCCCCUCACGUCGUCCUUCGUCGGAUGCAUCCAGGACAUGAGGAUCAACGAGGACCCUGUCUCUUUCCAGAGGCUCCCCGCUGCGUUCGGCCCCGUCAACCUCAAAGAGUGUCCGGGUUGAGCACACGCGUCUCACUGUGUCAUCACCACACAAACCUUGGGACCACAUGAUCCACCGUCAACCACGUGCAAUCUGUUACCGAGACAGAGAAUGUGUUUUGUAUGUAAGAAUGUACAUAUUAUGAGGAGUGUGUGUCAGUGAGUGUGAACGUGAGCGU